ACUUAAGUAAAUGGCGCACAUUAUUAACCGUAUUUCCAGUAUCUAUAAGUUGAACUAAUGCAGUCAAAAUCGUAGGAAAAGCGCCGCAAUCUGCAAACCCCCGCCGCCCCGCCGCCGUGUUUAUCGCUUGCUAAGGCGAACUAUCAAUCCGCAAAACUCACUAAUGGACGAUACUACGUCGUAUCCGCCCAUCGAGCCCUCCAAUUUCGACCUUAUUGUCGUCGGCACCGGCCUCCCGGAAUCCAUCAUCGCCGCCGCCGCGUCCGCCGCCGGAAAGACCGUCCUCCACCUCGAUCCCAAUCCGUUCUACGGCACUCACUCGGCUUCGCUCCCCCUCGAUGACUUCAUCUCCUUCCUCCAAUCCCAAUCCGAAUCGCCAUCUCAGCCGCCGCUUCAAACCCCCAAUGAUGAUGCUUCGAUCCCUCUCACGACUCGCCCGCUCUACUCUGAGCUCGAAAUCAAAUCGUACACCUCCGAGCCACUCGAGAAUUCCAGAAGAUUCUGCCUCGAUUUGGUGGCCCCUCGUGCAUUCCUCUGCGCUGAUGCGAUGAUUGAAUUGAUUUUAAAGACGGGAAUCAAUCAGUACAUGGAGUUCAAGAGUGUGGAUGCGAGCUUCGUGAGCAGCGGAGGGGGCAAAUUGGAGAGCGUGCCUGAUUCCCGGAGCGCCAUUUUUAAGAGUCGAAGCUUGUUGGGGCCGGAGAAGUACCAGUUGAUGAACUUCUUUAAGCACGUGCAGGGGGUUUUUGAGAACGGGUCCGAGGAGGAUUUGGAGACUCCAUUUGUUGAGUUCUUAACCAAAAGGGGUUUGUCGCAGAAACUAAAAUCGAUUAUAUUGUACACUAUAGCGUGGGCUGAUUAUGAUCAGGAAGAGAUGGAAUCAUGUAAAGAUGUUAUCAGUACUAAAAGUGGGAUAAAUCGUCUCGCACUUUACCACUCAUCCAUUGGAAGGUUUCCUAACGCAAAUGGUGCCAUAAUAUACCCCAUUUAUGGCCAAGGGGAACUUUCUCAAGCUUUUUGUCGUCGUGCUGCUGUCAAGGGGUGCAUUUAUGUUUUGAGGAUGCCUGUAAUUGCUCUGCUCAUUGAUAAGGAUGGCCGUACCUAUCAAGGUGUAAGAUUAGCCUCUGGUCAGGAGUUAUCCAGUCCUCAGUUGAUUCUUGCUCCCUCUUUCACGAUUCCACCGAUUUCACCACCUGCUGUAGAUGUGACAAAUUCUAAUGUUAAAAGCCCCUCAGAUUCUGAAGGGAAGGUUGCUCGGGCAAUUUGCAUUGCCAAAAAUUCUGUAAAGCCAGAAGCUACUAACUGCCUGAUGUUCUUUCCUCCAAGAUCUCUGUACCCAGAACAGGUAACAUCAGUCCGCGUAUUGCAGCUGAGCAGUAAUGUGGGAGUUUGCCCCUCUAAGAUGUUUGUGACAUACCUGUCUGCUGUAUGUGAUGAUGCUGUGGAAGGGAAGAAAUUACUAAAUGCAGCCAUAAAUGCACUGUUCUCUAUGGCUGUAUCUUCAUCAUCCAAGAACAAUGAGAUUGAUAAUUUAAGUGAGCACACAGAAGAAAAACCGUGUUUGCUUUGGAGCGCUUUGUACAUUCAAGAUCUGACUAUGUUUCACGGUGCGUUUGACUCCAUCAGGUUCACUCCGAUGCCAGAUGGACAUCUGCAUUAUGAUGAUAUCCUAGAUGCAACAGAAAAGCUCUUUAAAGAGUUAUUUCCAAAUGAAGACUUUUUCGCAACGACGAGCACAUCUGAUGAGCGUCUUGAUGAUGGGAAUACUGAGCUGGAUCCAUAGAGAGAGAUUCUAAAAACUUACUGGGCUGUCCUCAUUUAAACAGCUUUAUAAUGAAGAAUGAAGUUACAGAGAUCACAUGCUCGUGUUUAUACCAAGCCUGGUCCAUCAAUUGGAAUUCGGAAGAUGCAAUUUAGAGGUUAACUAGUGUGCCUGAUGUUCUAAUGGGUUCAGUGCACACAGAGUUAUGACCGGAGAGUAUUUUAGUGGUGAAGUUCAGGGGAUGUAUCGUGGUUGUUUGGAACGCUGUUGGAUCUGUGGUCAUUGGGGAAACCUUAGGUCAAGGUAUUCUAAUUACUCCAAUGUUUUGUUCUUUUUUAUUCUUUGGCAAAAUACAUUUUAGAGAUCCCUAUACUUUUACCUUUUGUUUUGUUAGAUCCUUGUAAUUUUUUUCCCGUUAGAAUAGAUCCUUGUACUUCUUUUUAUCUUUGAUUUCGUUAUGCCCUUAUUUGAAUGUAUUAUGUGUUGCUCGAGACAAA